CAUCUGUCAUGUCAUGUCAACCAAACUUACCAAAAGAACGUAGUGAUUAUAUGCUCUUUGUUACCAAAAAGCUACCAACGAAGAACGUUUAACGUAGGGAUUGAUUAUAUGCUCUUUGAAAGGUACAUUGGCAGAAGCAUCAACAUCUUGAUGGAGCCAUAACACGAAAAAUUGAUUGAAGUUAAUUUAAUGGUUGUUCUCCUCGAUUUUGCUUACCUAUUUGAGUGGUUAUAUUUCUGUAUGUUUAUGAAAUUUUCGGAGGUCGUGAGAAAAUAAACUUUAUAGUACAUUGAUCAUGAAUAUAUCAAUUGAAAAGAAACGUUCAGAGUGUCCUGCACUGCCUAAAGGCUGGCAGAGGGAAGAAGUUUUGAGGAAAACUGGCUUGUCUGCAGGGAAGGUUGAUGUAUACUACUAUAGCCCUACAGGUAAAAAGUUUCGCAGUAAGCCUGAGCUAGUCCGUUAUCUGGGUGAUAGUAUGGACCUAUCGUGUUUCGACUUCCAACAGGGUCAGAUAAACACAAUGUUGCUGUGCAAGGCCAAGAAAGCGCGAGCGCAGUUUGAUUACAGAGGAGUUCGGUCUGACGCGUCGCUGGUGCCACCUAUCCGCCAAACAGCCUCGAUUUUCAAACAGCCGGUGACCGUGUACAAGACACAGGAGAGCAUGGUGAAGACGGAUUUGAAGCAUGGCACUACGGAAAAACCGAAACAGCUGUUCUGGGAGAAAAGAUUGGAGGGUCUAACAGCGUGUGAUGCCAACGGAGUGAUCGGUACAACUUCGCUGCCGAAGUACAUCAAGCCCCUGGGCCCCUACAACUCGGACGCUACCACCAUACAAUCGUUGGCUACUGCCCUGCACGUCUCUUCACAGCCCAUUACAGGCCAAACCGGUUCCAAGCUGGCGAUCGUGGAGAACCCGGGCGUUUUUUUAAACCCUGAGCAGCCGCUGAUAGCGGCCGUCUCCAUCAGCAAGGAGGACGUUCGCCGUCAAGAGGAGCGCGUUAAGCGCGCACGUGCGCGGCUGCAGGAGGCGCUAGCGGCCGCGUAGCAGCCCGCCGGCGCGGCCGCGCCGCCCCCCGACCAGUCGCACCGCGCCGCCGCCGCCCCCUCCACCUCCACCACCCCCACCACCCCCUCCACCGCCACCCUCCGCGAGCCCGAGCCCGCGCUAGUGCACUCCACCACCGACUAGCGCGCCUACACUGCUAAGGCCCUAUUUAAAAACUAAACUUUCAAAGAUAAAUACCAUCGUCGUUAUUCAGACAGACAUGAAUAAGGGCAUCUUUUAAUUAUUUUAGCUGUAUACGUCUACAAUAUACGCAUGAGUGACAUAGACUCUGAAUUCCACUGGCAGCACAUGAUAUCAUCGUGGAUCUUUAUUUUAAUACUUCAUUAGUUAUAUGACAAUUGUAUGUGAGUAUAUAUUAGGUACUUUUGGAUGUUGAUAACACCCCAUUUUAUGGAUUUCUAAUAAUAAUAAUUGUAUUAAAAAAGGAAAGUAGCAAUAAAAGUUUUAUAAUCUGUAAA